UCAACCUUUAUCACUUACCUUUGUUAGCUUCGACUCCAAAAAAAUUAAAAACAACAUUUUGUUAGCUAAACCAAAAAAUAGAAAUAAUCACAUGGAUUACAUUUUGCUCUUAUUGCCACUCGUAUUGUUUCUACUAGCUUACAGAUUCUUAUUCUCAUCUAAGAGUUUCAAUCUUCCACCAGGACCAACUCCCUUUCCCAUCGUCGGCAACCUCCACCUCGUGAAACCACCGGUGCACCGUCUCUUCCGUCGUUUCGCGGACAAGUACGGUGACAUCUUCUCCCUUCGUUACGGCUCUCGCCAAGUCGUCGUGAUCUCUUCCUUGCCCCUCGUCAGAGAAUGCUUUACUGGUCAGAACGACGUUAUUUUAACGAAUCGACCGCAUUUUCUGACCGCAAAGUACGUUGCUUACGACUACACCACGGUCGGAACCGCCGCUUAUGGCGACCACUGGCGUAACCUCCGCCGUAUUUGCUCUCUUGAGAUCCUUUCCUCUAACCGUCUUACUGGCUUCCUCUCCGUUCGUAAAGAUGAGAUCCGACGGUUGCUCACGAAACUCUCACGUGAGCAUAAUGGCCGUGUCGUUGAGCUUGAGCCUCUUCUUGCAGAUUUGACGUUUAAUAAUAUUGUCCGUAUGGUCACUGGGAGACGUUACUACGGAGACCAGGUUCACAACAAGGAAGAAGCGAACCUAUUCAAGAAGUUAGUGACGCAGAUCAACGACAACAGUGGUGCGAGCCAUCCAGGAGAUUAUUUACCAAUUCUCAAAGUUUUCGGACACGGAUACGAGAAGAAAGUGAAAGCACUCGGCGAAGCCAUGGACACUUUCUUGCAGCGUCUGCUCGACGAUUGCCGAAGAGAUGGAGAGAGCAACACAAUGCUUAGUCAUUUGUUGUCUUUACAAGUAGACCAACCCAAGUAUUACAGUGACGUAAUCAUCAAAGGCCUCAUGCUCAGUAUGAUGCUUGCGGGGACGGAUACUGCAGCCGUGACACUAGAAUGGGCGAUGGCGAGUUUGUUGAAAAAUCCUGAAGUGUUGAAGAAGGCGAAAGCCGAGAUAGAUGAUAAGAUUGGACAUGAACGUUUGGUCGACGAACCGGACAUUUUGAAUCUCCCUUAUCUCCAAAACAUAGUUUCCGAGACCUUCCGGUUGUGUCCAGCAGCACCACUCCUUGUCCCACGUUCUCCUUCUGAAGACCUCAAGAUUGGCGGAUACGACAUACCGCGUGGCACCAUCGUACUAGUGAAUUCUUGGGCCAUCCAUAGAGAUCCAAGGCUUUGGGAUGAGCCUGAGAGGUUCAUGCCAGAGCGGUUUGAGGACAAAGAAGCUGCCAAUAGUAAUAAGCUUAUGAUGUUUGGGAACGGACGAAGGACGUGUCCCGGUGCGGCUUUGGGUCAGAGGAUGGUGUCGUUGGCUUUAGGAUCGUUGAUUCAAUGCUUUGACUGGGAAAAAGUCAAGGGUGAGGAAAUUGAUAUGACCGAAAAUCCUGGAAUGGCUAUGCGUAAGCUCGUGCCGUUACGAGCCGUUUGCCAUCAGCGUCCCAUUAUGACUAAUCUUCUGGCUUAAAAUUACUCGGUUCACCCUUUCAUGAUUACUGGUUCGUGUUUUUCGGAUUUCUUUUAUAAUUUGUUUGAUUUUUUGGGUGUGACUAUUAUAAAGAUAAUGUAAGAUUCGAUGAAGAAUGUUGCAAUGUUGUGAAUAAGAUUCGAUCACGAAAGAAGUAAA